CAAGUAGAGAAUAACACUGUCCUUCUAUAGUUUCCAAAGUCAAAUGGUACUCUUAUUUUCUCAGAACAUUGAUAAAAUAAUUCAAAGAUCCUGAGUUUACUGGAAUCGAACGCUAAUAUCAUAAAGUCGGAUUACCCCAUCUUCCUUCUACUCAAGUGACGUAUUUUUCAAAUUAACCCGAAAGUUGCCGAAAGUUAUUGUACGGGUUGCAGAUUGUGGUACCAGCGUACGGGUCCAUAGGUUAAUUAUUGCAGAGCAAAGCAGGUUAUGAUUAUUACUGGUAAUGAAUGACAGAAAAUAUGAGUGGUUAUCCUAAUCAACCGGGUUAUUCAGGCCAGCCUGGAUACCCCCCUCAACAAGGUUAUGGUUACCCACCUCCGGGCCAACCAGGACAACCCGGAUAUCCCGGAGGUCCCCCACCAAACUAUGCGCCACAAUCCGGCAUGCAGGAGCCCUAUCCGCAAGCCAUACAUAAUACAACGGUAUACCAACAAGGUGUUCCACAACAAGGCCCAACCACGGUGAUUAUACAGGAAGAUCCUAACGUUGCAAGACAACAGGCCCAGGCACAAGCAGAUUCAGACUGUUGUUGUUGGACAUGCUUGUGGACUUACAUUUGCUGUUGUCUUAUGUCGGAUUGAUGCGCGAUGGGACCUUGCGCAUUAAUACACCGAACUAUUUACACUGACAACUAUAUAUUGCUUGAACUGAUAAUAACGGUUGUGAAAAGCAUCCAUCUGCUUUACGUCUAUACUUGUAAAUAGUCAAUUUUAAUUGAUACGUAGAUGUUGAAGGCCUGAAGGCUAUCACGGUGCAUUGGACAUGAAUGUAGCAUAUUUUGUCCCAGCAAAAUCAUGGCUUGCAGAUGGCGCCACGUGCACCAGGAUGUCAAGUAGCAGCUUUAACUAACUAUGAAGUAUUUAAAACAGUAUUUGUGACAUUGAUGAUGGACUUAUAGAUAAUUAUUAAAUAUUGUGUGAGCCGAUAAAUUAUGGGACAU